AUGAAACCGCCAGGCGCCCGCGUCGGCGACCAUGUCGUCGCCGCCCACUUCCCCCUCGCCUACUCCGCCAGGCCUGCCUCGUGCGCUAGCGAGAUGCCGGGGCGCGUGAACCAAGGGGGUGAGAUUGGCUCAGAGGCAGCAGGAGCGAGGGGGCGAGAAGGGGAAGCAGGCCGAAACGCACGAGUGAGCGGGGUGGAGGCAGGGAGCGGAAGGCACGCCGAGGUCGAGAGGCAGGCCGAAGUCUUGUUGAACGAUUUCGUCUUACGAGGAGUAGAGAUAGAGAUUCAUCUCUGA